CCGCGACAACCUACACGUGGUAAAAGUAAAAGAGCCUUUUCCUGUCAAUAAUCCAAAGUUCAAAUGUAUUUUAUCUCCAGUCCGCAUACAACAUUGGGCAGGAACAUGAUUGCGUUAGCUGAGAAAUAAAAUGUUGCAAUUGAACUGAAAGAUAUUCAAAUGCACAUACUAGUCUCCAAUCACAAAACAAAUUUGUAGUCAAUGAAAAAAACUUACUUACUCAUAACAAACUUGAGCGAAGGAAUCGCAAUUAAAUCUAGAUAAAGAGACAAUUGUUCAUAUUUCACAAUGAUUUUGGGUGUAUCAUUUUAAUAAUUUAAAAAAAUUGGGAAAUGAUUUGAUACACACAAGAUCUGCAGGAAACCCGUAAACCAUAAAAUCCAUAAACAGAAUUUACACUCGAAAAAAUGGAAAUGGUUUGAAACGAUAUCGAGAGAGACUCCAUAAGCUAAUAUGGUUUAACAGGUUGAAGUUUGUUUCUGUAUUGGGGUUAGUAUAUGGGACGAAUGUUACUUGUACAAAAUAAUAGGGAAUGGACUAUGGUUUCUAGCUGACUACCAUCCCUGUCACACCGGACCAUGCAGGUAAUGCAAUGUUGGAUUACACAAAUAUAUAAUGUUAGAACUUUUACGUUGCAUGCAACACAUAACUGAUGUCGUGGUAUACUUAUGUACACAUAUAUGGAAAAUAAUCUUUAUGAGGGUUUGAAAUAGACAUCAAAAUAUUGUAAAGAUACGGGGUAAUCUAGGCCCCUGCCUCAAUUUUUUUCAACGCAGUGGUCGACCAUUCAUCAGAAAUCCUGCUUAUACGCAUUCCCGACAAGCCCUCAUAUAACUGAAUUUUAUGUAGAUAUAAAGAGAUAACAUUCCAUGGUGAAUUUAGUACCUUAUUUUGAUAUUAAAAAUUGUGAAUGGAAACAUUCUGGCCAUAUUGUGACCUUGUAACUUUUGAAGACCCCAUUCAUCAGGCAACGGUAUGAAGUCCUUGGACGAACUGUGACGAAACCAAAGCAUCUUUACUCGUAACGUCCUUGAUGUCCAUUAUAAUAUAUCAAGCAGACCACGUCGCUAUAAAGGGCCAUUUUCCUCCAGAGAAGUGUUAGAUACGAAGAAGAGCCAUGUCUUUUCCGGCAGUGCAUUGCCUUUAUGUCUCUAUGCUGUUUAACUCAGACUAUUCGACCACGCACCAGUUGCAAAUUGUACAAAGAUGUUUGCAGGAAUUCGUGGGACCUUCGCCUGUAAUCGAAAUGGUUUCGUUUACAAACUGGGCGCAGGUUGUCAGUUACGACCACGUGUUCGUGGCCAAACCCAAAUCAUCGGAGGAGAUCCAGAGAAUAGUCAGGGCUGCUCUUUCAUACAGAAGACAAGUCCGUGCCAUGGGCAGUAGUCACUCUAUAUCUCCUCUCUACGGAGACCGGGGACAAAUCUAUCUCAAUCUGACGGACCUGACCCUAGAUGACGGGCAGACAGUAGUUCUCAAGCCAGCGGGACCCUCCGAUACACACGCCACCGUGAGAGUCGCUGCCGGUCUGUCCCAAGGAAACUUUGACCAGGAGUUGGAUAUUUUAGGUUACCACUUUCCUUACGGACCUGUUAUAAUAGAACCACAUAUAGGGGGUGCUCUCGGAACAGGAUCACACGCGGGAUUUUAUAAUUCAGCCUCAGUGGGGGCAUUCUUGGUCGGAGCGAGGCUGGUAGACGGAUGGGGGAACAUCAGAGUCUUCAGUGAAGACACACACCCCGAAGUAAUGAAAGCACAGCGAUGUAAUUUGGGGCUGCUUGGAAUUUUGUUCGAAGUUGAGUUGAAAGUGAUCCCACAAGUGAGCGUUGUCCAUAAAAACGUGUUCACCCCACUGAGAAACCUAUAUGACCCUAAUUUUCUACGGGGCGUCGUGGCUGGGAACUAUCACGUCAACAUUUGGCACGACCCCUACAACUCCCUGACGGAGAAAGAGGCUCAGGAGGUACUAAAAACAGGAUUGGUUCCCGAAACAUGGGACUGCGGGAACGAUUUGGCAAUGUUAGAGCUGGUUAACCCUGUUUCAAGUCCGGCAACAAUACAGAUUAAAGAUGAACGUCCAUCCUCGUAUAACGUCACAGUGGUGUCACAAGGACAGGCAGUUUUUAAGACUCGUCUGGCUCUUCCUCCCACCCGAGUAGUGCCAUUACAUAAGGCCGUUCAUGGGCCUGCCUGGCCAUAUAAUUUGGUCAUCACAGAGUACGACUUUCCCGACCCUGACUUUACUGCAAGUGCCGCAGCCAUUCGGUCUCUAGCGUCAACACUUAAUCACGAGUCGCGCAAGGAUGGCGUCCAAAACCUCCACGAUAACCUUUUCCGGUGGGUCCGCAGUACCAUCUGCCACCUAUGUGCUACGUCACUUCCGUCUGCUUGGAUCAGGGUGCCUUCUGGUCAGCUCGCAGCCACUGGAGACGUCUUUGGAACCCUUAACCUCGAGUCAAGGUGGACAAACUCUAAUGAGCUUCAGCGUAGUAAGGACAUUUUUACCAAGGAGUAUCACUAA